GGCCUUUGAAGAAAGCGAAAGUGAAAGGGGGAAGAGGAGGCUUCAGGGCUGAGGAGAUCGCAGCGCCAUGAAGCUGCUGCCCGUGCUCCUCACUGUGGCUUUCGGCCUGGCGACUGCCGUCUCGGCAGGACCCACCGUGCUCGAGUGUUGGUUCGUGGAGGAUGUAAAAGGCGGCGGCCUGGACAAGAGACCCGCUGCACUAGUGCUGCGCCAGGGCCCGGGGGGACCGCCUCCCCGGCCGGACCUUGACCCCAAGCUCUACCUCAGUGUGCACGACCCUGCGGGAGCCCUCCAGGCGGCCUUCAGGCGGUACCCCAGAGAUGCCCCCGCGCCACACUGCGAGAUGAGCAGCUACGUCCCGCUUCCUGCCUCCGCGAACUGGGCCAGGGGCCUGACUCCGGAGCACAGCUGCCCGCGGGCCCUGGACGGGACUUGGCUCAUGGUCAGCAUGUCCAGCCCGGUCCUCAGCCUCUCCAGCCUUCUGCAGCCACAGCCGGAGUCUCAGCAGGAGCCUGUUCUCAUCACCGUGGCAACAGUGGUGCUGACCGUCCUCACCUACACCCCUGCCCCUCGAAUUCGACUGGGCCAGGAUGCCAAACUGGACUUGAGCUUUGCCUAUAUGCCCCCCUCCUCUGAGGCUGCUACAUCCCUGGCCCUAGGUCCCCCUCCCUUUGGGCUGGAGUGGCGACGCCAGCACCUGGGUAAAGGGCACCUGCUCCUGGCCGCAACCCCUGGGCUGGGUGGGCAAAUGCCAGCAGCCCAAGAGGGGGCAGUGACAUUUACUGCAUGGGAUGACAAUGAGCCAUGGGGCCCAUGGACUGGGAAUGGGACCCUCCAGCUGCCUGCAGUGCAACCUUUCCAGGAGGGCACCUAUCUGGCCACCAUCCACCUGCCAUACCUGCAAGUACAGGUCACCCUGGAGCUCGCUGUGUACCAGCCCCCUAAAGUGUCCCUGAUGCCAGCACCUCUGGUAUGGGCUGCUCCAGGGAAGGCGCCCCCAGAAUUGGUCUGCCUCGCGUCCCACUUCUACCCCUCCGAGGGCCUGGAGGUGGAGUGGGAGCUCCGGGGUGGCCCAAAGGGUGGCUCUCGAAAGACCGAGGGGCAGAAGUGGCUCUCUGCCCUGCGCCACCACUCUGACGGCUCUGUCAGCCUCUCUGGGCACCUACAGCUGCCUCCCGCCACCAGUGAGCAGCAUGGGACGCGCUACGCCUGUCGCAUCCACCACCCUAGCCUGCCUGCCUCAGGGCGCAGCGCUGAGGUCACCCUGGAGGUGGCAGGCCUCUCCAGGCCCUCCCUAGAGGAUGGCAUCGGCCUCUUCCUCUCAGCCUUUCUCCUCCUUGGCCUCAUCAAGGCACUGGGCUGGGUCGCUGCCUACCAGUCCACUUCCAAGGAUUCAAAGGAAAAGAAAGUACAGUGAGGGCAUUAUCACCAGCACCCUGCUGAAGCACCAUCAUCUCUGGCCUGAGCUGCUGCAGUAGCUCCCCCAAAUUGUGUCCCCGUCAUCUGCUCCUACUCCCUCCAAUCCAUUCUCCACUGAGCGACUAGAAUGCUUUUUCAAGGCACACAUCUUAGUACAUUCACCUUCUUAGAGCUCUAGGGCAGUGGCUGUCAAACUUUUUGGCCUCAGGACCUCUUAAAAAGUAAUCAAGGACCCUAAAGAGUUUUUGCUUAUGUGGGUUAUAACUAUUGAUAUUUAACCAUACUAGAAAAAAAGAAAACACAAGAACACACAAAUGCACAUAUCCCAUUAGUUGUGAGAGCAAUGAUGUCAGUACACAUCAUGUAGCUUCUGGAAAACUACUGUACACUUUCAGACAAUGAGAGUGAAAAAAGCAAAUAACAGAUUAUUAUGAAAAUAGUCUUGACCUCACAUAUCCCCUGAAAUAGUCUCAGGGACCUCAAGGACAGGGACAACACUUCGAGAACCACUGCUCUAGGGGGCUACCCCAGCCUUCCUGCCCUGGCCCAUGUAUUGCUGUUGGUUGGGGCCCCUACCUACCUCUCCAACCCCACCUGGUACUCCCCAGCCGUCUUCUUAAUGCUCCUCACACCGAUGGAUGGCCAUUUCUUUUCUCCAAAGGGCCAAACGCUCCUGCCGAGUCCCAGCGCACUGUUCCCUCUGCCUGGUCCAUCCUCGCCCUCCCUGGGCCUCAGACUAGGUCAGCCCCGUUCUUUCUCCUCAAACCGCCUUAGUGUCCCUCUUGUACGGUUGACCACGGUUUCUAUUUAAGUGUGCGAAUCGUUGUUCAAUGCCUGUCUUCCCUCCGGGACUGUCGGUUCCUCGAGGGCUGUAAGGAGCCUGUCUACUACUGUAUUCCCCGCGCGGGCACGGGACCUGGUGCCCUCUGGAGGGCACUCCUCAAAUGGCUGCUGGAUGUUGGAUGAGGGAAGUGGCGGCCCGGCUUAGUGACCUCUUAGGGACAAGACGUUCGGGCGGACUGACUGGGGGAGCGGUUCUAAUCGGUGUGGGUGUGGGAAUAAAGUUGUGUACCAGUGCUUCCAACCGGGCCUCUUAUUCUUCCGCAAGCUCCCCCUUUCCAAGCAUAAUACAUCUUCUAAUCACUUCUGGUUUCUCCCAAUGACCCUGAACCCUCAACGCCUCAGCGACACCCAAUCCCCAUUCCCUUCAAAACAAUUAAGAGCUGGAGGCCACAAAUGGCGUCCGGGGCACCCUCAAGCCGCGGGCCCUCCGAAGGCGACCACAGGAAGUGGAGAUCCCGUCCUCGAGUGCCGGAAACCCCGGAACACCGAAUCUGGAACCGGAUGCGGGGGCUUCCUGCCCCGCCCCCUGUGAGGGGGCGGGAACUGAU